AUGGAUGAUUCUCUUUUUACAAUCCCUAGAUACAUUCCUGAAAUAGAUUCUAACAUUAAUGAAUUCAAUAAAAUAAAUAAAGAAGACGAAAAUGAGCAUAUAAUAAAUAAUAAUUUAAAAGAAAAAGAUAAUGUCACUUAUAAUAAUGAAUUAUAUAAAGAUAGCACAAAAGAGUCAAAUAAUUUAAAUUAUGAUACACUCGAAAUAAACGAAAAAAUGUGGUUUAAUAACUUAAUUAAAAAGAAGGAAGAAAUUGAAAUUACAAAUAUAGAAGAAAGUGAAAAUGACGAAGAAAUUAUAAUAAACACCGAUAAUAUUUUUAAGAAUAUUUAUCCUUUUUUUAAAACGGAAGAAGAUUCCAAUUAUUUAAACCAGAAAAAAGAAUUAAAGAAAAAUAUAAAAAAUAUGUCUUAA